CGCAGGGAGUAUCGAAGCAGGCUCUCAUGUACCGAAAACGAAAGCUGAGAAAGGGACAGACACCUGAGAGUUUUGUGUAUGUUCCGGUAAAUAAUGACGAACACGUAUAGGGAGUCAGGCAGAGCAGGCCUGGAAGAUGACAAGGAGUUUGUGGAUAUAUUGGAGGAGAGGAGAAACAGCAGUGAUCUUGGCCAUGCCUUCAGGACUUUCAGCCCCCACCCGUACAAAGGAGCAACCCCCUGCUCCUCGGGCGACCUCAACAAAGCCGUGCUGGACUCCCAGUAUUUAAACUACAUGACCAAGCAGAUCGCCAUGGAGACGGGGUCAUCAGUGGAGGCGGUGAAAGAAGAGGCUCGUGUGAUUAUGGAGGAGAUGUCUCAAAACCUGCAGCUGGGUUUUAUCAGGCUGAUGGGCUACACGCUCAGCAAGGUGUUCAAGAGAGUCUUCAGCAGCAUCUUUGUCAACAUGGAAGGACUCAACGCGCUCCAACAAGCCAUCCAAGACAGUCCUGUGAUCCUGAUGCCCAAUCACAGGAGCUAUGUGGACUUCUUGGUUAUCUCCUACAUCCUGUUCACCUAUGACAUCCCAGUACCGGUCAUCGCUGCAGGAAUUCCUCUUGCAGGGAUGAAGAUGGUCGGGGAGAUACUGCGCCGCUCUGGAGCUUUCUUUAUCCGACGUGCCAUUGGCUCUGACAAACUGUACUGGGCAGUGUUGUCAGAAUAUGUCAAAACCAUUGUCAGGAGAGGGUUUGCUCCUGUGGAGUUUUACGUCGAAGGCUUCCGGAGUCGCACGCUGAAGUCUCUGACGCCCAAGUUAGGUAUGAUGCACAUGGUGCUGGAGCCCUACUUUAAAGGUGAGGUGUAUGACAUCUCAUUAGUGCCCAUUAGUAUCAGCUAUGACCGAGUGCUGGAGGAAUCCCUGCUCGCCCAGGAGUUAUUGGGAGUCCCUAAACCCAAAGAAAGCACCAUGGGUUUGCUGAAGGCUAGCAGAGUUCUGCAGGAAAAUUAUGGCAGCUUGCAUGUGAACUUUGGCCGUCCUUUGUCGGUCAGACAGCUGUGUCAGGGGAAAAUAGACCGCUGCCAGUACAACCUCAUACCCAGGGAUCUUCCUCAGAUGCCCACUCCAGAGGCCCAGUCCUGUGUGAACUGGCUGGUUCAUCUGAUGGUGCGAAUCCAAGAGGAGGGCUCUCUCACCAGCCCCUGGUCCCUCAUGGCCUGCCUGUUGCUCCAGACGCCUAUCGCAGUCCUAACAGAAACUGGUCUGCUGUGGCAACAGCACACAGAGAAAACCCUCUGGCUCAAGAAGCUGGCGCUAACCUUCGGGGCUCGCCUGAACUGGCCUGGACAAGUACCCGACUCAGACGUGAUGUCAUCCACCGUGGCUCUUCACCGCUCCGCCGUUCUGCACAAAGCGGGGCGUGUCUACCUGGUUCAGGAGGAAGAGCCUGCAAGGCAGCAUCCAAUCAGCCCAGAGGAGGGCGUAGUCAGGACGGCGGCGGCGGUGCUGAUGCUGGUCUCCUACAGGAAUCAGACACUGCACGUGUUUGUUCGCCCUGCCCUGCUCGCGAUUGCCAUACACGUCACAAAGAGCACACAGAGAGAUGAGCUCUUUAGCUUCUUCUGCUUCCUACAGGACGUCUUCUCCAAUGAGUUCAUCUUCAUCCCUGGCAAGUCAUCUCAGGACUUUGAGGAGGCAUGUUUCCUCCUGAAGAAAUGUGGAGCGCUCCACUUCAGUCAACAGGAAGUGACAGUGUCGGAAGCAGAGGCAGGCCUGGAGGUGUUGUCCUUCCUGCGGGCACUUCUACAACCCUUCAUAGACUCUUAUCAGGUGAUGUUCAGGUACCUUUAUGAAGAAGUUCAUGUGAUCUCUGAGAAAGACUUCCUACCUGCUGUGCGGAGCCUGGCUACAAAGCUCAUCCUUUCAGGUGAGCUUCACACCUACGAAGCCCUCUCAUCUGAUACGCAAAAGAACGUUUUGUCAGCUCUGCGGAGACUGGAGGCUGUGACAAAGUUGAGGACGUCCGAGCAGAAUGAAUACAGUGUUGACAAAGCAGCUGUCAGAAGGAUCGGAGACAUACUCUCUGGGAAAAUCCCUCCCCAGAUGCUCCAGACUACACCUGACGCAAGACUUUAGUCUCUGCUGGAACCGAUCCAUCUUCAGUAUCAGCCCGCAGUCCGGUUUAGCCCUACUUCACCCUUCCUCCUCUCCGUCCUCUUCCUCCUGUACCUCUAUGCAGUCUUCAGUAGAAUCGCUGCACUGUCACUCUGCACUCUGAGCCCUCAGACAAAAUACUUCAUCCUGGAUGCCAACCUGGCUGUUUUCCACUCUUUGAACACCCACUACCUCCCACUCCCGGUGUUCUUGCUUUCAUCUCUUACAGAUCUGACAGACAGGGACAAGAUAAAGUUAAAAGAUGGUGAACUGAUACUGAUAUUGUUGUAUUGCUGAUCUAGUUUGAUGGUUGUAAUCAGUUGAUGAAGGAAGACGCUACUUAGAUCAAAACAGCACACAAGUGAUGCCUGUGUGUUGAGAAAGUGAAUUAUAACUAUUUUAAUCAUUAAUACUGUGUUAAUGUAUUUUGAACAUUAUGUCCUAGAUUUGUUGUCGAUUGACAAGACUGGAAUGGCUAAUUUAGAAAAAGAUUUCUGGUAUAGAAAGUGCAAUUAAAUGGUAAACACUGAAUUAUGACACUUGAUUGUAUGGACAUUAAUAUAUAAAUGUUUACAAUAUAGAUAUAUGUAAAGAUCUGAAUCAUGUAACAAUGUGAAAUACCAUAACCCAUUACAGAUGUGAGGUUUCAGUUGUUUGAGACAUUUAUUUUAACUUC